AUGGUGCAGAGGAUUCAGCUCUUGAUCACAGCCUGCCUGCUGCGCAGGGAGAGGCAGGGCCAGACUGACACGCUGCUUCGGAAAAGCCGAUACGUGUUGCACUGCCUCCCAUCACUCCCCCCGGUACUGACACACAGCCUACACAAUCCACGGCUGCGGCUUCAUUCCGGGAGUCAACGCAAGUUCUCCCAACGGAAGGCAGGGCAGGGAGCAGUUAAAGCUCUGCUAAAGUAUUUAGAAACCGCCGAGCAAAGAUCCUUUUACUUUGCCAGGAGAGUGCAUAAAUCUGGUGUCUGGAUGGAAAGACACACACAAACUGUGAGGCCACUGGGUGCAUUAGGUCCUCACAAGCCGAUAUUUGCAAAGCUCGAGUCCUUCAGCCUCACAGGGAGGGGAUGGGCUGAGAUGGCCUUUGUGCCAAGCAAGAGGAAAAAGGACACCAAACCCACGAUGCAAGGAAGUAACCAACAACAGGCUGGAUCCUUACCAGCGGCCAGAGCUGUUUCUACCAACUCUGAAGUGGAGCAUGACAAAGCCAAGCCUAAUGAGAAUAGAACACAGGGUAAGGCACGCCCUCAAGAAAAACAGCCAGAAGAAGAGAUACCAAACGUACCAAUGGGACCAGGACCGUAUUUUUAUAUCAGUGGAUCUAAUGGAGCUGGGCUUGUGAGCAUCUAUUGCCAGAGCAGAGGCUGGCAGCGUAUCUAUGACAACAGAAGAGAGGAUUAUGCACUGAAAUGGUGUGAAAUCAAGUGCCGAGAGACCUAUUACCAUUUCAAAGAAGGUGAACAGCUUCUCUAUCAGAUUCCCAACAACGGAAUCCUCACCAGUAAGAUAGGGCUUUUAUGCUGCCUGAGAGAGCAAGAGCGGGUGAUGAAAAAGAUCACGAGGAGCUCUAAUUCCAGGUUACUGAAGAUGGAAGAAUUCUUCCCAGAAUCUUUUCGCCUGGACUUAAAAGAUGAGCGAAAUGCCUUUUUUGAGCUUUGCAAAGAAGAAGAGAUCUGGAUCUGCAAACCAAGUUGCUCUAACCAAGGCCGAGGAAUUUUCCUGCUUAAAAAUCCAGCUGCUGUCAACACCCUUCAAGACAAGCUCCACAGCACUGGGGAACACCUACGCAGUAAGAGGGUGCCAUACAAAGCUCCCCAGGCAAGAAUAGUACAAAGGUAUAUUCACCAGCCUCUGCUCCUGGAAGGGAAGAAGUUUGAUGUCCGGUCUUACCUCCUCAUUGCCUGCACAGCACCAUACGUGUUAUUUUUUGCCCAGGGUUACGUCCGGUUGACCUGUGUCAAUUAUGAUGCCGCUUCCGAUGAUCUGACUGUUCAUCUAACCAAUCAGUACAUGCAGAAGAAGAAUUCCCUGUACGACCAGUUGAAAGAUGAGACAGUUUGGCGGAUGGAGCACCUCAACAGCUACAUUAAUGAGAAGUUCAGAAAAACCAAUGGCCUCCCCAAAGACUGGGUUUUCACUGUGUUUACUAAAAGGAUGCAGCAGAUCAUGUUGCAGUGCUUCCUGGCAGCCAAGCACAAACUGGAUCACAAACUGGGCUACUUUGAUCUCAUCGGCUGUGACUUUUUAAUUGAUGAAAACUUUAAGGUCUGGCUUCUGGAGAUGAAUGCAAACCCAGCACUGCAUACGAAUUGCAAAGUCCUGAGAGACAUCAUCCCAACCGUAGUCUACGAGAGUCUUGGUAAGUGA